AUUAUAGAAGCGCAAUUUGGUUAUUACCUGCGCAAAUAUUUUCCCACCUCCUCCUUCUAAAGCCCUAGCUGGGAUCAGUGCCGAAGCUUUCCAGCAAUCCAUCUCCGCUCCUGCCGCCAAUUCUGACACUUCUUUUUCAGAUUGAAUUCAGGCGUAAUUUUUUUAUUCUUGCAAUGAGUUCUGAGAUUGUUAUUCAUAGUGGGGGUUGCCACUGUAAACAUGUAAGAUGGCAAGUUGAAGCUCCUCCAAAUGUUGUAGUAUGGCAAUGCAAUUGCUCAAAUUGUUCAAUGAGAGGCAACAUUCACUUCAUUGUUCCAUCAUCCAAAUUCAAACUCGUCGGAGAUUCUGAACGAUAUCUCACCACUUAUAGCUUCGGCUCCCACACGGCAAAACAUAUGUUCUGUAAGGUUUGUGGAAUAACGUCUUUUUACAUUCCAAGGUCGAAUCCCGAUGGCAUUGCAGUGACGGUUAAGUGUGUUGAUGAUGGCACAAUUUCAGAUGUUGAGGUUAGAUUGUUUGAUGGGAGGAACUGGGAGGAGUCAUACGAGCAAAGUGCAAUUUCAGAAUUGUCUAAACUCCGAACAGUUUAGUUUUUUUAUACAUUUUGUAAAAUUUUGUCUCUUGUAAUGUUGGGGAGUUUGGAGUUUUUGUGAUUUAUCUUGCAAA